AUGCUUCGCCACGCGCGCUCUCGCGGCCUCGCCAGCCUCCCGCUGCCCACGCGCGGCGUCGCGGCGAUAUGCGGCAGCCACAGCGCUGGUGUCGGAUGCGCGACGGCCGCACCAUCACGCGCGCAGGAGAGUCAACGGGACGCGCGCACGCAUGCCUCCUCCACGCACGCCUCGACCAGCCACGUCGCAGCAGCGGAGGUGCUGUGGAGAGCAGAGCGGUCAGGGGCGGUGUGUGGCGGCGAACGGGCGGCAGCAUGCAGCCAUGCGGCAGCUGAGGGCGCAGAGAGGGCGGCCGGCACGCAUGGCGCCGCGCCCCACCCCAUCCACGCGCCAUCCCUUCUCCGCGCCUCUCCCCACGUCGCCCCACUGAGCCCGGCGCAUCCCCUCCGCCAUUCCCGUACCGCGCAAUGCAAUCCCCACCGCGCGUUUCACGCCGCCCCUCACUGCCUCUCAGCUCGCGCCGCUCCACUCCCCGCUGCCAAUCCAUUCGAAUCAAAUGCUGCCGCGUGGCAGUGCAGCUCGCUCUUUCACCGUGCCUUCCACGCGUCAGGCACGGCAGCGGCAGCGGCAGCAGCAGCGGGGGGGAGGGGGCGGGACUACUAUGCGGUAUUGGGGGUGUCAAGGACGGCAACGGCUGCUGAAAUCAAAAAGGCCUUCUAUGCGCUGGCUAAGAAGUACCACCCGGAUGCCAACAAGGACGACCCCAAUGCAGCCAAGAAGUUCCAAGAGGCUCAGCAGGCGUACGAGGUGCUAAAGGAUGAUGAAAAGAGGGCCAUGUACGAUCAGGUUGGUCCGGAGGCGUUUGAGGGGGGGGCAGCUGGGGGCCCGGGCGCAGGGGCGGGCGCUCAGGGCUUCGGCGGAUUCUCUGGCUUCGGAGGGCCGUCGGACUUCGAAGAGAUGCUGGGCGGCAUCUUUGGGCGCAUGGGCGGCAUGGGCGGCAUGGGUAUGGGCAUGGGCAUGGGGGCGGCGGGGCCGAGGGGGGGCGAGAGUGUGCAGAUGGCGGUGAAGCUGACGCUGAGGGAGGCUGUGGACGGCUGCUCGCGCCACCUCUCCUUCUCUGCUCCCGUGCGCUGCUCCUCCUGCAGCGGAUCAGGCAUGCCCAAGGGGUACCAGCCCACCCCAUGCAAGGCGUGCAAGGGCCAAGGCAUGGAGAUGCGGCGGAUGGGUGCAUCAGUGGUGAUGCAGACGUGCUCCUCCUGCGGCGGCCAGGGCGUAUUUGUCAAGGAGUGGUGCAAGACAUGCCAUGGGGAGGGCACAGUGAAGGAGAGGCGAGAAGUGGAUGUCUCCAUACCAGCAGGGGUGGACUCGGGAGUGACUCUGAGGGUGCCGGGGCAGGGAGGCGCAGGAGGGAAAGGGGCGCCACCUGGGGACCUGCUGCUGAACAUUCAGGUGGAGGAGGACGCGGUGUUCAAGAGGGACGGUAACGACAUCCACGUGGACCUCCACGUGUCCUUCCCCCAGGCGUGUCUGGGAGCAUCAGUGCCGGUGCCAACACUCUCAGGGGAGGUCAUCCUUAAGAUCAAGCCGGGCACGCAGCCAGGCCAGGUGCUCCAGCUGCGCGAUAAAGGAGUGCGAUCGGCCACGAGUCGCCGAGUGGGGAGUCAGUUUGUGCACGUCAAUGUUGCCGUGCCCACGGAGCUGACGGAGCGGCAGAGGAAGCUGUUGGAGGAGUGGGAGAAGGAGGAGGAUGGGGGGGCGCAGGGAGAGCAGCAUGGCAAGGAGGAUGCGGAUGGCGGGGCAGCGGGGGAGACAAGUGGAGGGGGCAAGAAAGAAGACGGGGAGGGAGGCAAGGAGAAGAAGAAGCGAGCCUGGGGUCUGUGGUAG